AUGCUCGUCGUCGGACUCAGCGGUGGUGUGGCCACCGGCAAAAGUACGGUCUCGAACGUGUUUCGCAGCCAUGGUGUGCCGAUCAUCGAUGCCGAUUUGGUGGCAAGACAAGUUGUCGUGCCGGGAACCUCGACAUACAAAAAACUCCGCCAAACGUUCGGCGACGAAUUCUUCGACGAUGAUCAUGGCGGAAUCUUGCGACGAGAAAAAUUGGGAAAAUUGGUGUUCAAUGAUCCCGAGAAAAGAAAGAAGCUCAACAACAUCACCCAUCCGGCGAUUCGUUGGGAGAUGUUCAAGCAAUUCCUCUAUUUUCUAAUGACCGGAACAAGGUACAUCGUCUUUGACACCCCGCUUUUGUUCGAAGCCGGCUAUGACAAAUGGAUUGGGACGACUAUUGUGGUUUGGUGCGAUCGCGACAAGGAAAUCGAAAGAAUGAUGCUUCGCGAUAAGCUGAGUCGGGAAGACGCCGAAUCGCGAAUCAACGCUCAAAUGGACAUCGAGGUGAAAAAGAAAAAGGCGACGAUUUUGAUAGACAAUAACGGGAAUAUUGACGAGUUGCGGGAUAAGACAAAAGCAAUAAUUGCCGAUCUUGACAAAUCUUGGCAGCCAUACGCUUAUCGCAUUCUAAUCGGCAUAAUUAUUGGCGUUGUUCCAUACAUUCUCCUAAAGCACUUUUGGUGA